AUGAAGUGGCUUUUGAUAACCCUGGCCAUCGGCCUAGCAGCUGCUGAUAAACUGGAUCGCACCUACCUUCCACCACCAGGUGCACAAUUCUCUGGAGGCAUCCUGGGAAGUCAUGAUGCUCCAUUGGAACCACCUCAUUUACAACCAGGAUUAGAAACUGCCGUAACUGGAGGGCCGCUAGGACCUCAAACCAAUAUUGGAAUAAAUGGAGAACCUGUAAACUUUGGGGAUAAGAUUCCUAAAGUUCCAGUUAACUACAGCCCAGAUAAGUUUCCGACAACAACAACUUCUUACGCAUUCUCGCAGACAACAACCUACCCGCCUACUGAAGGUUUUGAAACUACACCUUUGCCUAUCAAUCCCGUCACUGGAUUACCAAUUCAGGGCAACAUCCCGUUUGGACCUCAAGGACAGCAGAAUAUUCAGAAUCUACCAGGCUAUGCUAUCAAUCAAGCACCAACCUAUGGGCCCACUGUUCAGCCAGUGUUUGUUCCUGGCACCAACAAUCAGUUAGCUAACCAGCCAAUAAGUCAAUAUCCGGGACAAAAUAUAAUCACACCGGGAGGUGUCGCUCAAAUACCUGGAAAAGGGUAUCAGACGUAUGAUGUUAACCAGGGUCAGGUACAAUAUCCCGGACAGGGUAUAGCAGAACAGCAAGGAACUCAAUACACUGGUGCUCCUGAUAUCAAUCAAAGCCUUAAUCAAUACCCAGGACAAAAUGGGGUCUAUGGACUUGGAAGCAUUCCUGGAGCCACUCAAGGGUCGGUUCAAUAUCCUACCCAACAGACUUAUACAGGUCAGCCUGGAUUCACUUCAACAACUGCUGCUCCUACUAAUCUGCAAACUGGUGGCAACCAAUAUGGUACCAUAGUUAAUCCUGAUGGUUCUCAAGGAACUUAUUCGGGCCAGCCGAUAAAUGUUCAAAACUUGGGAGAAAUACAAACUACUCAAUCUCCUUUCCCAAACCAAGAACAACUCAAUAUUGGCAGUAAUCCAUCAUAUCCUACUAACAAUCAAAAUUAUGAUGUAUCUGGAUCAACGCCUUCAACCAUUCCUUCUAAUUACUACAACGGUGUCUCUAGCACAACUGCUCUGCUAGAAGUACCAUCAUCUACUUCAGCCUAUCCUAUCCGUCGAGUUUAUCGCCCAGAAAGACCACAAGCUGCUGCUGAUAGGAACGCUGUGAUUCUUAACUAUGAGAAUAUACGAACUCCGAAUGGCUACUCAUAUAGUUUUGAUACCUCGAAUGGAAUACAUGCCGAUGAAAGCGGUAUUGUAGAUAAUGGAACUAAAGCUCAAGGAUCGUAUUCAUACAUUGGUGAUGAUGGAAAAGAAUAUAGUGUUAUCUACACGGCUGAUGAGAACGGUUUCCAGCCUCGCGGUGAUCAUCUGCCUACCCCUCCUCCUAUUCCUGAAGCCAUUCAGAAGGUUAUUGAACAAGCUGCUAAAGAUAAACUCGCCGGAAUAUUUGACGAUGGAUCGUAUGAUGAAGCUAAAUACGGUGACAAUAAAUUUCAAGGACCUGCAUACCGCCGCCGGCCACAAAAUCAAAAACACAAGGGCAGAUUUGACAGCAAACAUCCCAAAGGUGGACAAAAGGAUCCUGCAGUAAUCAAACCUAUCGUAGGAAUAGUGGACGAAGAAUAUGAUGAAAUUAUUCCUCAAGAUCAAUUGAACAGCAACGGUCUGAUCACUGAUAGCAGAAAAAGCUCAAACGGAAAGUUACCGACAGGUAUGAUAAAUGAUGGCUCUUCAAACAGAGGCACUAGCAAAAAUAAUGUCCAGGUAACUGAGCCAACCAAAACAAUUUUAGGUAACGGUGAUGUAUUACUAGGAAGUGUAGAUGAAUAUGGAAGGCCAGGAACUAAACUUGACAACUAUGGUAUUAAAAAACAAGGAUCUACCGGACGUCCUCAAUUAUCAAAUGGGGAUAUUGUGCCCGUAGAUGCAAAUGGAAAUACCGACCAAAGUAAUAUUUUUGGAAUGAAAAAUCGACAAGAUGUUACCAACACAAAGUACCCUGGAGCUCACGUAGAUAUCAGUGGAAAGCCUAUACCUGGCAGUCUUGGUGAUGAUAAAAGGCAGGACACUAAUCUUAAUAAUCCUGGGUUUUCUGAUGGGCAGUCUCAGUAUGCCAGCAGUACUGCCACUACGCCGAUAGUUACCGAUACAAACCAAAUAAGGACACAAAAGAUAAAAGACGAUAAAACACCUGGUUCUGAAAGAACUGAAUAUAGUCAGAAUCGAAACAACUUACCACAGACUUCAACAUCAUCUCAAAGAAACAACGAAACUCCUUCGAUCUCAGAUUAUAUUAACAAUGCUGAUAACGGACUAGUAAGAAACCAACAACAAACUCAACAAGAUGACAAUGGGUACUAUUACCAGCAACCAAACACCAAAUUUGAACAGAACACCUUCCCAACACGAUUCAAUCCUCAAGAAAUAUCUUCAACUAGGAAACCAGAUCAAGGUAGAAAUCAAUAUGUACAAGGAACCACUCGUAGACCGUUUAUAACUCCAAAUGUUUACGAUAAAAAUGAGAAUAUCAUUAAUGAGUCUCCCCAGACCAGUACACAAUCUACGAGCCGAAGACCAUUCAUGACCAUAAGAGUCACCUCACCUGCAGGAAAUUCUUACACUGACUACGAUGAUGGUCAAGAUUAUGUAACCGAUCAAGAUAUUGGUGAUGACAGGAUUUAUUCCGAUAAAACACUUCCUCAAAAGAGUGGAACUACUGCUAGACCUUCAAUUUAUCAAUCAACUCAAACAUCUAGGCCACAAUUCGUUACAGGUGAUCAAAGCAAACGUGUCAAUCAAAAAGGUUAUGUAACUCCAGGACAAAGGACUGAAUAUUCAGAAACUGUAACGCCAGGGUAUUCUUACGAGUCGACCACACCAAUGUUUGCUCAAAAUUCUCGAUUUGGAACCACUCAAACUCCCCGAAGAAUGAAACCUCAACAAAAUGGUUCAUUGGCUAAAGUUAUUGAAUCUACUUUUGGUGUCAUGAGGCCUGUUAGUACUCAAUCUCCAACACAAAGGAGGCCUUCGGACUUUGAAUAUAAGACUUCAAAUGUAGGGUCUGGUUACCCAACAACUCCUUCUACUCCUGGUUACAAUUUGGCGUCUACAAACCCUGGAGCGACCUCGCCUCAGAACUACUACUCUUCUACAUUUAGGCCUUCUCAAGAAUACUCUACUACAUCAGUUCUACCACCAACAUCUGAAUUCACAAGGUACAAUAACAACCAAGGUUAUGGCCCGUCUUCUCCUUCGUCAUUGAAACCUUCGCAAAAUGAUGGUGGCUUCAAUACUGGCUAUCAUUAUGGACCUCCUAAAUCUGAUCUUUCUACCGGGUUAUUAAAUCCUGCCCCAUCUCAAAUUCCUGGAGUAGCUCCAACACAGUCAAAUGGUAAUUACCAAUCUUCUUACCAACAAGGUCCCGGAGGCUUUCCGAGUACUACUACAGCAUUCCCAACAACUGGAAGUCAAGGGACUUUCAUUCCAUCUCAACCUGGAACUACUGCAACUAAGUCUUCACCAUACGGUCCUUACCAAGGACAGUACCAAAAUGGUCCUUCAACGCCAGGUUAUUCUACUAAUAUAAUAUCUUCUACACCUGGCAAUAAACCUGUUUUCCAAUAUCCUGGAUCUGGAAUAUCUAAUCUUCAAGGCACCACUGGUCCUGAAUAUGGACCUUCAAGACAGUCUUACCCCUCUUCUGAAUCACCUUCAAAUAUAGGCACUACUCCAGAAUCCUUCGUGCCAUCGAGAACAUCUGCACCAGUUCAAGAUUACUCAACUACCUAUCGCCCUGGUUUCCAAACUACUAAAGAUAACUUUGUAGGCGGUCCUACAGUAGAUGGCUUCGGCAGACCAAUUACAACUGACCAAGGUGAUUCUUAUCCUGGAUUGUCACAGACUACACAAGGACCAAGUACAGUAAGACCUAUUUAUGGAGGUACUGGAUCGACCUCAUAUCCUGAAACUUAUGUUAAGUCUACGGUUAUUGGAGAAGACUUCAGUGGACCGAAACAGCAGCAAAGAUUCGACCCUAAGACAGGUUAUCAUUAUUAAUGAUUGAUGUAAAUUGAAGAUAUUUAUUUUUGUUAUA